AUGGGAGACGUGGACUUGGAGAGUUACAACUUUGAAGAUUUAUUCAGUGAAGAGUUGAGUAAUUACAGUUAUGGCACUGACCUACCCCCUUUUCUACCUGAUACUGCUCCAUGUCGGCCAGAAUCCCUGGAAAUCAACAGCUAUGUUGUGAUCGUCACCUAUAUCCUGGUGUUCCUGCUGAGCCUGCUGGGAAACUCCCUGGUGAUGCUAGUCAUCUUAUACAGCAGGGUCAGCCGCUCUGUCACCGACGUCUACCUGCUGAACCUGGCCUUGGCCGACCUGCUCUUUGCCCUCACCUUGCCCAUCUGGGCCGCCUCCAAGGCAAACGGUUGGAGGUUCUGCCUCAACCCCCUCAUCUACGCCUUCAUUGGCCAAAAGUUUCGCCACGGACUCCUCAGGAUCCUGGCCACUCAUGGCCUGGUCAGCAAGGAGUUCUUGGCCAAGGAGGGCAGACCUUCCUUUGUUGGCUCAUCGUCGGGGAACACUUCCACUACCCUCUAA